AUGGACUUCCUCAAAGCAGAGAUCGCCAACAAACGCAAGGCGGCCGAGCCUCUGGCCAGCACAUCGGCAUCCGCCUCGACCGCUCCGCCGCCCAAGUACAUGCGGAGGGGCGACCUCGAAAAAUUACGAGAGCAGCAAGAACGAUCCGCCUCCCCAUCGCCCUCGCCAGGACCCUCGUCUUCAGUCCAGAAGCGCCCGAAAGCUGCCGAGACCGAAAGCACGACACUCAAAGGUCUCAGCUCGACGACGAAAGCAGCACUAGAAACCGCAGCGGGCGAGGUGGAGCGAGAAAAGUUCAACGUUUCUAACGACGAAGCUGUUCGUCGGUUGCGAGCGAAAGGCGAACCGAUUCGACUCUUCGGUGAGACGGACAAGGAGAGGAGGUUGAGAUUGAGAGCCUUGGAGCUGAUCGAGGAGAAGGGCGGUGGAUCGCUAGGCCAGAAUGAUUUCAGGAACGCUCUGCAGAGCGCCGAAAGUGCCACUGCGUUGGAGUUGCUCGAGAAGCGCAAUGCGGCGAGCAAAGGUAAGGCGGAACGAGAAAAGGCCCAAGGAUUGCAACAAGAUGCCGCGACAAUAGCCGCACUCGGUGAUGUUGUCAAAACAGACGAUGCAAAGACAUCAUCUACAAAUUUAGACGACGCAACUUCCCCAUCCUCUUCCACGAAACCAACUACCCGCCAAGGCGUUGGCAUGAACAGCGUGCUCGACCUCAACCUCAUCAAAACCGACAUCGAUCGCGUCUACCCCAUCAUCUACUACACCCUCAAAGGCCUUCUCGAGGAAUGGUCCAACUCCCUCGCCUCGCGCCCCGACGAAAUCAAACAUACCAUGCAGGGCAAACUCGCCGCCGCCACCCAAGUUCAAUCCGCCGACUACCUGAAACCGCUCUUCAAGAAACUCCGCAAACGCGCCCUCACUCCGGACGUCCUCAUGCGCAUCGCCGAGAUCGUCCACUACAUCCAACGUCGUCAGUACAGAAACGCCAACGACUCGUACCUCCAGCUCUCCAUCGGUAACGCCCCCUGGCCCAUCGGCGUCACCAUGGUAGGCAUCCACGAGAGAUCCGGUAGAGAAAAAAUCUUCAGCAGCAACGUAGCCCAUGUCCUGAACGACGAGGUUUCGAGAAAGUACAUCCAGAGUCUAAAGAGGUUGAUGACGUUUGCUCAGACAAAGUACCCCCCGGAGGAUAUCAGUAUGAUGAUGGGUUGA